UGCUGAGACCACAGUACAGUUCCGCUUCAUAGACGUGAAUGACGGUGUUAGUGUGGCAGCGGAGCCUUGUUUUUGCCAAAAACAAGACUUGGAGCUUCACCAAGGAUAUAAGUGCGCCUCAGAAGGGGACUGAGAAUGGCCCAGGGUAUACCAAACGAGGUGUUGAUGAAUACCACGUUAAUAAAAGACUUGGCAGAUGUGGCAAAAGAUGCAGCGCUUCUGCAAGGUGUCCUAAUGAGGAUCCAAGAAAAGCCUAACUCAUCAGAGUUGGUGACCUACGCUCCAUUCACACUCUUCCCUACGCCUGUGCCAAAAGCCGUGUUCCUCCAGGCUCUGUCAUUGCAAACACACUACAACAUACUGGUGGACAAGAUCAGCCAGGAUUCAACCUUUCUGGAAGAGGCUCUUGCUAGCACCAUUGCUGUUGAUGAUUUCACAGCAAGGUUGUUCAGGAUCCACCAACAGAUCCUAAAAGAAGGAAGGUCUCAGUCUAUUAUGUUGGGUAUCAAUCGGUCUGACUACAUGCUGGACCAGAGAGCAGACGGGUCGUCAUCUCUGAAGCAGAUAGAGAUCAACACCUUUGCUGCUAGUUUUGGAGGUCUCUCGUCACACACGCCAGAUGUACACAGACACAUCCUUAACGUGGCGGGCCGGCUUGAAGAGAGCCAGCGUAUCCCUGACAACAACCCUGCAGCUGGUCAGGCCAGAGCUGUUGCCAAGGCCUGGGAGCUCUAUGGAUCAGAGAGAGCAGUCGUCAUGUUUUUGGUGGAAGAGAGCCAAAGGAACAUAUUUGAUCAGCGAUUCAUUGAGAACGAACUGUGGAAGAGGAAAAUUCCCACAGUAAGAAAACGGUUUGAUGAUGUCCAUAAAAAAGGGUCUCUUGAUCAGGACAAGAGGCUGUUUGUUGAUGGCCAGGAGGUUGCAGUGGUGUACUACAGGAAUGGUUACAUGCCUGAUAACUACAUUUCUGAAGAGACUUGGGACACUCGUCUUCUGAUGGAGCGUUCUCUGGCUGUCAAAUGUCCAGAUAUCAGCACUCACCUGGCCGGAACCAAGAAGGUCCAGCAGGUGCUCGCCAGACCUGAAGUCCUGGAGAAGUUCUUCCCCGACCAGCCUGACAUGGUGCAGCAGAUCAGAGCGACGUUCGCUGGCCUCUACAGUCUUGACAUGGGCUCAGAGGGAGACGAAACGGUAGCGAUGGCUUUGGCAACACCAGACCGGUUUGUCCUGAAGCCUCAGCGAGAGGGAGGAGGUAACAACAUCUAUGGAUCAGAGAUCUGUCAGGUCCUGGAGGGAAUGAAGGAGAGUACAGAGAGGACAGCCUAUAUUCUGAUGGAUAAAAUCCAUCCCACCCCCGGACAGAACUACCUGCUGAGACAAGACGCUCCCCUCAAAGUCAGUACCUGUCUCAGUGAGCUGGGUGCAUUUGGAGUGUAUGUCAGGCAGGGUAAAGACAUGGUGAUGAACGAGUGCAUCGGUCAUCUGCUAAGAACCAAGAGUUCAGAACAUUCAGAUGGUGGUGUAGCAGCAGGAGUGGCUGUGCUGGACAAUCCUCUCCUUGUCUGAAAAUCAAUGCAACACUCAUCUGCUGGGAUUCCAACAAAAACCAAAAUCAUUAAAGGACACCAGUGAAAUAGAGGUUAAAUUUGAAUCGCACUGUAACUGUACUGUGGCUGCUACAGCAUACAAAUCAAUGAAGUGAAAAUAUGUGUCCCACAUGUAAUUAAUGCAAGAUAGGUGGAGUGAAAGUGGUGUGAGUGUAGGCUCACAUGUUGCUCACAGCCUCCAAUCUCUAGAGUGAAAUUGCAGCUAUUAGUGGUGACAACGUCUUUGAUUUAUUUCUAGUGUAAAACUAAACGUGAAAGCAUUUACUUCACUCUUCAGUUCCUCCUCUUUUUUACUGUGUUCCACCAUUCUGAUUGAAGGUUUUUCCUGAUGGAGAACACUACACAAAACAAAGGGACUGGAUUGAAUUACUAAUGUAUCUCUCUCUCUCUCUCUCUCUCUCUCUCUCUCUCUCUCUCUCUCUCUCUCUCUCUAAAACCUGCAUGAGCUUCUCCUUAAAGCAGCUACUCCACUUGUAUAACACUUUUUAGUUUAAAAGACAUCUUGAAAAAACAUUGUAAUGAAGUUACCACAGCAGGGAAUCUGUGUAAGCCCAGCAGGUUGUCGAGCUUGCAGUACAAUGAUAGAAACCCUGUCGGUGAUUCCAGAGUUAAUGAGGACCAACUUUUUAACAAUAGAUGAUAUGAUGAGUGCUGUUCUCAAAUACACACUCAAGAGCGGCAUAUAUAUAGUAGCACUGUAAAAAAGAAAAAAAAAGGAAAAUGCAGUCAAUGUUUAACAUAACAUGCUCAGUUCAGAAUUAUGUCUAAAAAAAUCUAUAUUUAAAAAAUCUUUAUUUACCUCAAUGAAGUUAAGACCGGUUCUUUAUUACGUGCACGCUGUGACGCAUCAUUAUUUCUAAUUUGUCCAUCUUCAAAAGUAUAUCUUGUAAUAUUAUAAUAAAAAGUCUCAGUAUGAACUUCUUCAGCAGCAUAAUCACAAGUGAUUUUUGGUGGAAUAUUUUUAUAAUUGGGUGCACGAGUCUGUGUGUGCACAUAAAGCAUACAAAUCAUUAGAAACAUGGCCAUCUUGUGGAACUCCUGUGUUACUACAACAUGUUUGGUUUGGUUUGGUGUCACUAAAGCAAUGAAAGCACUCAGUGUUACUGUCAGGAAUCAGCUCACAGUAUAUCACAGUCUCCAACAACCCUUUUAAUUAAAUCUGAUUAUGUUAAAGGUCCAGUCCACAUAUAAAUACUCUGCUUUGAAUAAUAAUGUGUCUGACAUGUUUUUUUUUCCACAAGAAAAGAUGACCUUGUUUUGAAGAUGUCAUCUAGUCCCAGAAUUUAUGAACAGUUUAACAGCUGCAUUCAGAGUUUCUCCUACUUGUGUAAAUGCAUGAGAACCUUUAAAUUUCCACAUCACAUUUCUCUAUGUGGAAUACUGGACCAUGAUUGGCUCCAAAUAAGCUGUGACGUCACGAUUCAUGCUUGUAGUUAUUCGUCAAAUGUUUGAGUGGAGGGGACUUUAAGUUUCAUAAAGAUACUCGAGAUUUACUGCAGUGCUUUGAAUUUUUUUAUUGGAUUGGUUCUUGUCAUGU